GGACUCUGAGCCUUGAGCUCCCUUACCCAUUGAAGCCAGAGGGCAGCUUCGCCUCCUGCACGCUUGUGUAGACUGCGCUUUUAGACUUAGUCCCAGGCCUUAGCGGGUCGGACACUUGUCUCUAUUUCGGAGUCACGUGCCCUUCAUCCUGGUCUCUAUAGCAACCACUUGACAGUGGUCCGUCGGCCUCAAUCACCCCGGAAAGGGCGGAAACCCAGACCGGAGGUUCCGGGAAAUGUAAUCUGGAAGUGGAGGGUUGUCCUUGAAGGGAACAUCUUUGAGGCAUAGAUCCUUGUGGAAUUUUGUUUUGUAUUUCUUAACUUGAACAAGCUUAAAUGGCUGUGGAAUCUAGAGAGGCUGUAGCCCUGGAUCCCCAGAAUCCAACAGUGAAAGAGAGACUUCAGGUGGUAAACAUGGAGGAAGAAGAGGAUUACCUGUGGGGAGAGAAAGGUAGCCAGAAGAGGAACAGCCCUUCCACCCAGGAGAUCUCCCGCCUGCGGUUCAGGCAGUUUGGCUAUUAUGACACCCCUGGACCCCGAGAGGCUCUGAGCAAACUCUGGGAACUUUGUCAUCAGUGGCUACGACCAGAGAUACACACGAAGGAGCAGAUUCUGGAGUUGCUGGUCCUGGAACAGUUCCUGACCAUUUUGCCAGAGGACCUGCAGACCUGGGUGAGAGAUCAGCAUCCAGAGAGUGGAGAGGAGGUGGUAAUUGUGCUGGAAGAUUUGGAGAGAGAGCUUCUUGAACCAGGACAACAGGUUGCAUCAAGCACACAGAGAGAGGCAGGGGCCUGGGAGAAGAUGGCACCCUUGAGAGCAGCACAGGAUGCACUGAAUGUCCAGCUUCAGCCUAUGGACGCCCAGAUCAAGUGCGGGUCUCCCGAGCCCCAGUUCCUGCAAGAAAGAGAUUUUGAGACUAGUAUCAAGUGGUCCUUUCCAAAACAGGAACUUCCUGAAGAAGUAGAGUCAAAGGAGAGGAUAUCUGGAAGAUUCCCAAUGGAUAUUUCCAAGGGAACCGAGAUUGGAGAAGCCUAUGAAUGUGAAGGCACUUUAGAUGAGAAGCAAGGAGACACAAUGGAGAAAAUAGAUGGAUCCCUUUCCCAGGAUGGAAUUAUGUUAGUGACCAUCCCUUCUGAAAAAACUCUGUUAGGAGACAAUGGUGAUGAGUAUGGUGAAAGUCUGAGUAGUUGCCAUAUGAGCUCAGACCUGGUUAUACAACAUAGAGGAGAGAAACCCCAUAUAUCUAAUACAAAUGACCAGAACUCUAGCCAGAAUUCGUCUUCUAGUGUACAUCAAAGAGAUCAGACUAUCAAGAAACCUUUUGAAUGUAAUGAAUGUGAGAAAACCUUUAAGCAGAACUCAGAACUUCGAAAACAUCAGAAAUGUCAUAUGGGAGUGAAACCCCACAAAUGUACUCAGUGUGGGAAAGCAUUUGGCCGUGGUUCUGAUCUUAGGAAACAUCAAAGAAUUCAUACAGGAGAGAAACCCUAUUCAUGUAGUGAAUGUGGGAAAGCCUUCAGGGGGAGCUCAGACCUUAUUCAGCAUCAAAGAAUUCACACUGGAGAUAAACCCUAUCAUUGUAGAGAAUGUGGGAAAGCCUUCAAUCAGACUUCUUCCCUUAUUCAACAUCAGAGAAUUCAUACUGGAGAGAAACCCUAUGAGUGUAAUGAAUGUGGCAGAGCUUUCAAUCAAAGCUCAGCUCUUACUCAACACCAGAGAAUUCACACUGGGGAGAAGCCCUAUUCAUGUAAAGAAUGUGGGAAACCCUUCAGGCAUUGGUCUGGCCUUAUGACACAUCGAAGAGUACACACCAAACUUUGACCCUAUGCAUAUUCUGAAUAUGACAGAUCUUCAGACAACUUGUAACUUUUGUUAAGUUUCAGAAAAAUAUAAUGGGUUUAUAACCCCAUAAAGUAAUUAUGAGCUCCUCAAGGGCAAGAUCUAUGUUUGUCUUAUUGUGUUUGGUCCUUGCCUUGUGCCAUGUGCCUAUGAGAAAUAAGGUUUAUUUUGUGAUAGAUUAAUCUGAGUAAUAAAUGGAGGAAACAUUAAUUAUUUACCUCCUCCCUUUACUUUUUAGGAAACUCAAGAAAUGUGAAAUAAAUGGGAAUGUAAUAUCUUGAGCUGGAGUUUAGUUACUCCAAGAAACUAUGGAUUGGAUACAUCAGAUUUGCUUUGCCUUUAGCCACUGUCAAGGAAUUCCUGUAUUUGUUGUUUGUCAUUGACAUCAGGGUGACAUGGAUAUUGUUAGUGACUCUCCCCCGGGUGUGAUCAUCCCAUACCUCCUUCCCUACCUCCAGUGACAUCUGUCUCUGAGGAACAGAGCUAAUGAGGAGAGUGAUUCCAAUAUUUUUUUUUCUCACGAGAAUAAUGCAGAUAGUCUGCAUGUCUCUGAAGAGGUCUGACAGUGAGGAGGGGCUAUUAGUAUGCCAAGAAAGAAAGGACAUAGACAUACUCAUAUAUUUCUUAAUGUUUGGCAUGUAAGGUAUUUACUGUUAUUUUUGUAAAUAGUUAUCUUCUAAGAGGGGAGGGCAUAUGAUUUUUGCCAUUUCACAGGUGGAACUGAUGUCCCAAGAAAAGGAGGGUUGUACUUAAGGGGACAGGUUUGGGUGCCCAGAGCCCCCUCCUCAGGUUGUACAGUAUAGACAGGUAAGUCCUCUGAGAUGAAUUAGGGACAGUUUCUUUUUAAAGGGUCCAAACAGAAAGCUGUUGGACUGGAGAACUAAAGAGUAACAAAUAUAGGGCUUCACAAAGUUUUUUAUUUCUGUUCAAGAAGAGAGGACUGGGCCUUGAGCCAGGUAGAAAGGAUGUUUAAUUUAAUAAGUAAUUCUGAUCUCAGUUAUUGAUCCCUCCCCACUUCACGCCUUCCAUUAGCCAGAAGUUAUCUUGAAGCUUGACCAAACUCAGACCUUGUGGUCCUUUUCCUGAGGAGCGCACCUUUCUGUCUUCCUGGCCCAAUGGGACAUCUCACUUCCUUAUUACUUUCUUCAGGGAGAGGGUGGUUUGAGAUUUUCUGUUUUCUCUCAGGUCAGUGCUGAAAAACUGUGAUUUGGAAGAGUAUUCACUGGCUCAGUUCCUGGAGUGGGUACCUAGUGUAUAGAAACACUGGGCCCCUCUGACCUGAGAAGGUAGAGAAGACGCUGUCUAGCUUCUCUGCUUCUGGAAGUCACAUUUUUCCAUGUUGCUCUGAGUUUGGCUUGACUGACUUCAUUUUUCUUCUGUAGACUUUUCCAACUACAGUCUCGGAAAGGGAUUUUACCUUUUACCUCUUCUUUGAUCAACCAGUGCUAUGAAAACUAUUCCUAGUGAGGAAAGGAGUGUGAAUGUGCUGUGUGCAUAUAUGUAUUGUAAGCACAUGUGUAUAUUUGUUGUCCAUUCACUAUUUUUGUUCUUUUCAUUGCCUACCUUACCCUUAUUCCUGCAUUGGAUAGAAUGGAAAGUCCUUGAGAUCUCAUUUUUUAAAACAUGAGUUGUCUCCCGGCAUCAGAAUCUUUUGCCAUUGUUCAGUCCUUCCUGUUAUGUGUUGGUGAAGUUAGGAGGAUGUGGCCCUGGGAAUUGGGAGGUGGGUGAUUUGGUAACCACACCAGUAGAACUCAACUUGGACAUGCUACCUAGCUCACUGAUGAAUGGAUAUCAUGCUUGCAGUGGCACCUGAUAAGUCCUGGACUUGGGUUUGGGAAGUGCACAUAAGGAAAGCAUCCCUCCACUAAUACAGGGAAAUGGCAUCGUGGUGAGUGUGUUGGAAUGGUCAGCAGUUUCUCAAUUUAGAAAUACUUGUUUUUAGACCAAUUAGUCCACAUCAUUAAUACCUGUCCAGGAUGUGAACGUAUCAAGCAUAGGACCAAAGGAAAAAGACUAAAAGCAUAAUAGGGUUAUGGUCAAAUCCUGAGUAACUAUGGAAUUGUAAGGAGCCACCAUGUUGUUUUUGCUGGAGACAGGAGUUGGUGGUAGUUGGAGUCUACAGUGAGAACUGAGGUCUGGGGUUUAGAGUUGGAGGGGGUAGGCUGUCCCAUCUUUAGCUCUGUUAAUCUAGUUCUUGGAUAUAACAUGUUCUGAAGCAUUUUUUAGAUGCUGAGUCAACCAGGCUUUCUCCCAAGGCAUGUGAUUUUUCUGUGGAGAGAACAGGUGAGACGUGAGAUAAGGAAGAGAUUGAAAGCUAUAAGGAACCCUAAAUCUCAGAAGUCAUAGAAUCACUGAGCCUAAGAGUUUGGCAUCUCAGAAAUUAGUCCCAUACUUGAUUGAGAAUUCUUGCUACAAUAUCCAUGAAAACCUCUGGGGACCUCUAGUGAGAGAAAACCCAUUCAUUACCUUCAGAGGCAAUCCCUACUACUUUUGUACAUCCAUAACUAGAAGUUUUUGCUGACAUCAAAUGUAAAUAUCUCUGCAGAUUCUGCCCCUGAGGCCAAUCUGAUUAAAUCUAAUCCAUCUUCCACUUGACAGGCCUUCAGAUACUUGAUAAUUACCAUGUUACUUCAACAGAUCCUUUUGGGCGUCUUUAGUUUUUCAUCUUGGGUGCCCUCUUCUGCAUAUGCCACAUCUUGUACAUGUCCUCAAAACCUAUUGUAUCUCCUUGUUUCAUUAGCGGCAGGCUUCAUUAGAGGUGCUUAGGCUGGCAAGACUUUAUUCUUUAUCUUUGAUAAAGCUAUGCUGGCACCUAAAACUGAACAUAAUACUCCAGAUAUGAUCCAUUUAAAGCCGAGGGCAACAGAACUUUUACUGUCUGGAUUGAUACUGAUCUUGUCAGUGAAGCUUAGUAUAGCAUUGGCUUUUUUGACUGCUGUUGGAGUGCUAACUCUUAUUGGACUUAUGGUUCACUGGAACCUUCAGAUUUGUGUAUGUGUGCGUGUGAACCGAUGCUUACCUGUUCUCUACUUGAGAAAUUGGUGGUUUUGAACAAAGUGUGGAACUUUAUUUUGAUCCAUGUGAAGUUUCAUCUUAUUUGACUUAAGCCAUUAUAUUGUCUUGUCAAAGGUCUUUUUGUAAACUAAAUCUGUCAUCCAACAGGUUAGCUGUUCUUCUGAGCUUUGUGCCAUCUACAAAUUUGACAAACAUACCUUCUUUGUCUUCUUACAAGUUAUUGAUGAAAUGUGGAAGAGCUUAGGGUCAAGGACAGAUGGCUGAGACAGUCUGCUGGAGAUCCCCUUUCAAGUUGAUGCUCCAUUGGUGACUAUUUUUUUGGGUCUGUUCAGAUCCACUUACCUGUACUGUUACAUAGUCCAUGCCUCUCCAUCUUGUCCCCAGAGAUAAUGUGAGAACCUUUGCUAAAUGCUUUGUUCAGAUCUAGCAAUUCUAAUAAACUGUAUCUACAUCAUUCCCCUGAUCUACCAGUCUAAUUACCUUCAGUAGAGGCAGUGAGCUUAGGCUGGCAGGAUUCCAUUCUUUAUUCUUGAUAAAGCUAUUGCUGGCUUUUAGUAAUCUCUUUUUUUUGUUAUCAGUGCUUGUGAAAUAUCUCUUUAAUAGUGUUUUAGAAUAUUGUUAAGAAAAAAAGUCAAGCUCUCUGUCCUGUUCUUGCAGACUCCGGUCUCAUCUCUUUUUUUGAAAAUUGGGAACAUUUGCUCUUGUCUUAUGAGACUCAUUUACAACUUUACAAAUAGAUUGCAGAAUUAGAGAAGGAUGGAGCUUAGGUAAUUCAAGAAUCAUUGUUGUCAUGGAAAUUUAGGGUAGAGUGUGGCAAAUAAAUUAAAUUUGGAUGGGUCAAAAUGGUUUAUGAUACAGUGAAGUUCAGCAGAGAAGGGUGUGGGUAGAUAGCAUUCAGCCAGGGCUAGAGUCCCAUGGGGGCUGGCUCCCUUAUCCCCUCCAUCUUAAGCCACACUAGGGUAGCAUGCUGGGUGGUAGCCCAGAUAAGCAGAGGAUUUGGGCUCUGCUCAAAGGCAUGGCACUUUUAGGGCCUUGGGUUUACAUGGAGUCUUCAGACAAAGUGCUUGCUUUGGCAGUUGUCACAUUGCUGGUGAGGUGAUAGGGUCAGGGAACAUGGAUUAGCAUCUAAAGUAGAGUUCCUAAAAAUUAACUAGGAAGGCCAACUCAGGAUGAGGAAGGUAGAAUUCUAACUUUGUUGUAUCAGCGAGUUUGUGGGAGAGCUUCUGCAACCAGUUCUAACUAGAACUGUGUGCAAUUAAGGUUUAACCUUACCCAGCAAUGUGUAACAGCUGACAUGCUUAGGAGAGUGGGGCCAUGGAGUCUUCUAGUCAUUCAUUUGUACUCUCCAAAAUAUAUGAAGAAAAGAAAUUGCAUAAGAAAAAUUUUCAAAAUUAUUGGAUAUGGGACAGACUGCAUAUCACCAGAAUCCAUUGGAUGCUGACAAUAACCAAUUCCAGAUUCAACUCACACAGAUCUGUUAUUGUUAAUUAUAGAGCUACAGGAAUAACAUGACUACAAGUAAAUAAGUAGAAAAAACUCACCUUCAAAGAACAGCAAUUUGAGUUUUUCACCUCAGAUGAGAAAAGACAGAAUUUCAAUAUGAUAUAUAAAAAAUUAAGGAAAAUUGGACAUCAUCCCAAGACCUAUCGUACUCUUCUGCUAAAUUUCAUAUACUAUUUAAUACUUUCCUCUAAAAAUGGGCAUUUGGAACCCCCACAGCUGUUACAAGAAUUUCUACAGGAGUAAGCCCUCUUUAAGGACUUUGAUAUGUAAAUCAACCCAGAAACAGAACUUCAACAGGUAAAUCCUAAAAAAACCCCCAAACUUUACAGAUGUGAAUGACUAAUUGAUAACAAUGUAAAUUCUGAGUUGGGUUUAACAGAUGUGUUAUGAUGUAUAAUUGUCUCAAAGUGUGGGGAGAUUACUUUGGGAGGGGACAUCAAAAUAAACAUUAUCCUUAG